AUGAAUGAAUCAAAUGCAAUAUCAGACGAAACAAUAGUUGAUACUGGUUUAAACAAUUAUCAUAUUUUAUCAUUUCUUUUAGUAUUACUACCUGCAACAGCGAUUUUUGGGAAUGUUCUAGUUAUCGUUGCGGUUUAUAAGGAGAGAACUCUAAAAACUGUUACAAAUCUAUUAAUUGUCUCACUUGCCGUUUCCGAUUUUCUGGUUGCCCUUUGCGUAAUGUCAUUUGCUAUAUAUUUUGAGUUACAUAAUUUAAUCUAUUGCAAAAGUUUUCAGCUGAAUUCAUUUGUAUGGAAUUUGGGGCCGAUUUUUUGUAAUAUAUAUUUGGCUGCGGAUGUUUCUUGUUCAACAGCUUCAAUACUUAAUUUAUUUGCGAUUUCACUUGAUAGAUAUAUUGCCAUAAGUUAUCCCAUCAAGUAUGCACAAUACGGCACGAAGCGGACACGUGCUCAUAUGUUCAUUGCGUUUGUAUGGGGAUUAUCAAUUGCUGUUGGAUUGCCCAUUCUCCUUGGUGUGAAUGCUGUUGAUAAUACAGACGUAUGGUCUUCAAUAUUCAAUUUUCUUUCUUAA